CGCCGGCCGGCCGGGCACGGGGCCAUAGAGCGCGCCCGCCACCUCCAGCCGACGGGACCAGAGCCGGCCGACUCUGCGCCGGCCGCUAUGUGAAGUGGCGGCCCGGCCAACACCGCAACACGCAGAGCAAGCAGAAGGAUGCGCGCUCUCGGGCUGGCUGGCACUCUGUUGGUCAUCUCCGCAGCUCUCAUUAUCCAGCCGGCAAUAACCGAAGCCGCCGAAGAUGUGGACGGCGGCUGGACGGUCUGGUCGCUGGGCGGUAACUCGUGUAACGCCACGUGCGGCACCGGAUACUACCGAAAGCUGCGCACGUGCUCCAACCCGAGUCCGCAGGGCGCCGGCCAGCAGUGCCUCAAGCAGGACGGCGUCACCCGGGCCCUACAGGAGAUCUCCAUAGCCGAGUGCAACACUCACCCGUGCGCUAGCGGCGGCUUCUCCGAGUGGGGUAACUGCACGGUGGAAUGCAACAUCGGAAAACAGUUCCGGUAUGCCAUGUGUGGCGGCGAUAUCUGCGCAGAGGGCACCAACCAGUACGUCGUGGAGGAGCGCGAGUGCAACACCUGGAACAAAAGCUCUUGCCCGAAACCCUGCUUAGAGUACGCCAAGAAUUGUCCCGAGUAUGCCAUUUGCGAGGACAAGUCGGACGAGACGCGGCCCAACCCCGUCUGCAAAUGCACCAUGGGUUAUGAAAUGAACAAGGCCAAAACCCACUGCCUGAGGCCGCCGCCCACCACCCCCACCCCGCGGCCCAUCCCCACAUUGGCGCCCGAGGAGAAGACAGUGGCCGUAGUGGUCUCAAAGACCGCCUCCACGGUACUCAUCGUCUUCGUCGGGAUCACGCUGACUCUGUUCUUGCUGCUGCGGAUCAUGUCACCGGACCGGGUGAUCCAGAUGAACAUGGAGAUUGCCAUCAUCUCGGCACACAUCUGCCUCAUGUUCCCGCCCGAAACGGUCCAAGUGGAGAUAUUAUGCAGGAUCAUCUCCAUCCUGAUCCACUUCUUCUUCACGGCUUGCUUCAUGUUCAUGCUGCUAGAGUCUCUCCACAUGUACUCUCUCGUUGCCUACGUGGUCAAAAAGGACGGCCUGUUCACGCGCGUGCAGAACACCCUGAUCGGCUGGGGCCUCUCGGCGUUCAUCGUUCUCGUGACGAUGAGUUUCGAGUACGAUAACUACGGCGGCGUCUACCACUGCUGGCUGCAGAUGGACAAGCCGCUCUGUACCGGACAGUACAUCCCCAUCAUCGCCAUUAUGAUCAUCACAUUCACGCUGAUCGAGGCGGCCGGCGCAGCCGACUACGCGCCGCUCAAAGAGGUGGACAAGUCUCAGCGUCUGUCGGCGCGCAUCUCCCAGCGGUCCAACCUGAUCAUCAUGCCGCUAGUGUUCGCCUCCUUCGUCAUCGGCAUGCUGAGCGAGUACGAGCAGGACCUGGCGCUCUACGGCACCUUCUCCGUCCUGAACGGCAUCGUCGGCGGCGUCAUCUUCUUCUUUCACUGCACCGGCAACCAGCAGGUGCGGGCCAAGAUGGUGCGCUGCUGCCAGAUGCUGAAGCGUCGCCGCCGCCGCUGAGCGCGCCCGCUGCACGAGCAGGCUGUGCCCAGAGACAUCAGCCAGGCCGCAGAGCCUGAGGUGCCGGUGGGCGCGGCCCGCCGGCCGCCUCCUCCCGACAGGGACGGGAGCGGAGCGGCGCGAGCGGGCCCGGCUGCCCACAGCGCGCCCAGAGGCGGCGCGCCCGGCCGCCGGUACGGACCCCUGCUGCGGGUGCCGCGCCGCGGCACCAACAGCAGGGGUCCUGCCGUCCGUGUGAAGCCUAUGUUCCAGGUGUAGAGAAGCCUGGUGACGCCGGCGCGCGGCGGGCGCCGGCCGCGUCCGCCGCCGCGCCGCAGACCCUCCGUCGCAGUCGCACCGCUUCAGGGCGCGUCCCUCACCGUCUCUCAGAUCGGUGUCGUGUUUGUGUUGGCCGGCAGUCGGCGGUGGGUCGGCUCGCGGACCGAGUCGCCGGCGAGGCCGCUGCGCCCCGCGCCGGCCGCCGUGUCCCGCCCGGCGGUCCGCGCGCCCCCUGCCCAGCUCAGCCCGUCCGGUGCGCGGUCCGCCGGCCGGGACGCCCCGCGGCGCCGCCGCCGCCCCGUGUGCCGUGCCGAGUGCGUGUGUUUUCUGGCGGCACGGCGCCGCCGGACCGGCCACCUCCGCCGGUGGCAGCAGCGGGGGCCAUCCCGCCACAGAGGCGUUUCCACACACCGGCGGAGUCGGCCCGUCCCCCGGCCGCGCGCGGGGCCACCAGCCGGCCAGACACCGGCGGCCGCACUGCGGGCCGACCCGCCCGUCCUCCCGCCGGGCCCAGCUCAAAACGAUGUGAAUUCUCGCCCCCCGUCCGGCGUCAGCGUUCCUUCCGUUCCACGCCGCGGGCCGCCUCUGCAGCUGUCGUCUGUCCUGUCUCUCUCCGCUCGAUUUCGACUCUCCUUUCGUCUAUCCUCACCUGUCCUAUCGGCACCGCCGGCGGUCUGCGAGGCACGUGUACAUCCCCAGACCUGAACAAAUAUCGGCGACCGCCGGCCGCGCCUGUCCCGCGCGGACCCGACCCGGCCCGAGCCGCCGUCCCGGCUGCAUAUAUGAGACUGGGUUGCCAAGCCGUACCACCCCGAGAGGGGGACGGCGGCGGGCGGGGUCCAUCCUCACCCUCCACACCUCAGUUUCCGGCGGUCCGCGGCAGCGUUCAGCAAACUCAUGUGCGUCCCAUGAUAGAUAAUUGCGACGUUUUCUCCCUCAUUUGUGAAUAAAUAUUUGGUUGGAAGAUGCCGUGUAAACUCGUUCACUAAUAAAGAAAACCCUGAUA